AGUAGCCCCGGGAACGGCCGGCGCGGCGGCGAGCGGUGCGCGGCCCCAGGCCGGAGCUGGCGCCACAGGGCGCGUCGCCCGCGGCUGCACUCGGCCGGUGUCCUCGGCCCCGGCCGGCGCCCGCCGCGUCUCCCCGGGGCUGUGCUCGGGCUCGGCCCCGCGCCAUGCGCCCCGCGUCCCCGGCCGCGCCGGGGCUCCUGCUGCUGCUGCUGCUGCUGCGACCCGCAGGCGCCGCCAAGGUCCCGACUCCCUGCAGGCGGUGCCGGGAGCUGGUGGACAGGUUCAGCCAGGGAAUGGUGAACACCGCGAAGAAGAACUUUGGCGGCGGAAACACUGCUUGGGAAGAAAAGACGCUGUCCAAGUACGAGUUCAGCGAGAUCCGGCUGGUGGAGAUCAUGGAGGGGCUGUGUGAGGGCAGCGACUUCGAGUGCAACCGGCUGGUAGAGGAGCACGAGGAGCAGCUGGAGACCUGGUGGCUGGGCCUGAAGAAGGAGCACCCCGACCUCUUCAAGUGGUUCUGCGUGGAGACCCUGAGGGUUUGCUGCUCCCCGGGAACCUACGGGCCGGACUGCCUGGAGUGCCAGGGCGGGGCGCAGCGGCCCUGCAGUGGGAACGGUCACUGCCGCGGAGACGGCAGCCGAGAGGGGGACGGGAGCUGCCAGUGCCACAUGGGGUACCUCGGGGCGCUGUGCACCGAGUGCGCGGACGGCUACUUCAGCUCGCUGCGGAACGAGACGCACAGCAUCUGCACAGCCUGCAACGAGGCCUGCAAGACGUGCCGGGGCCCGAGCAGCAGGGACUGCGCUGAGUGCGAGGUUGGCUGGGUCCGGGAAGAGGACGCUUGUGUGGACGUGGAUGAGUGCGCGGCCGAGCCGGCCCCCUGCGGCGGUGCCCAGUACUGCGAGAACGUCGGCGGCUCCUACACCUGCGCAGAGUGUGACCCGACGUGCGCGGGCUGCACGGGGGAAGGACCCAGCAGGUGCACCGAGUGCAUCCCCGGCUACGCAAAGCAGGAAGGACGGUGCACAGACGUGGACGAGUGCUCGCUCGCAGAGAAGGUGUGCGUGAGGGAAAACGAAAACUGCUACAACACCCCGGGGAGUUUCGUCUGCGUGUGCCCCGAGGGCUUCGAGGACACAGAGGCGGCGUGCGUGCAGACGGCCGUGGGCGAAACCAAAGAAGAACUGGCCCCGGCCCUGGCCCGUGAGGAUUUGUGACACGUGCUCCAGAAGUGGACACCGCCCUUCCCCUUAAAUUAUUCGGACCACAGCCCCCAGGCCGGGCCCCUGUGGAGCUGAGCCCACUUCUCUGGGUGCCCCUGUGCUCCUCGGAAACAGCUGGUGCUCACUCAGCCUUUAAAUAAGCUGUGCUUCGUGGUUGUUGGAAAACAGAUUCAUUUAUUUUGAUACCUUCUUUCUAAUAAAAUUGGCCACUGGA